CGGAGCAGCCAGGCAGCGCAUCUCCUCCUCCUCCUCCUCCUCCUCUUCUCUCUCACUCCCUCUCUCUUUCUCUCUCUCCUCACAAAACACAGCGGAUUCUCUCCGUCACAACUUGCAGAGCAUCUGAGGCUCAGCACACAGUGUGAUGCUAUGAGAAAUGAUGACUGUUGUGCUGUACGACUCGACAGCAUGAGCGUCUCACACAUCUCUGCGUGUGUUUAAUCUGACCUGAUAAGCCUGAGUGUAGCGUUUAGCAUGUUGCGUGGUCAUGAGUAUGUGCUCUGCUGGCUAUGAGGAUCGUGGAUCAUAAAGAGCGAGAGAGACGAGCAGGAGAGCACUGAGAGCACUGAGAGCACUGCUGAUUCAUUACAGGACCAACCUUGGUGCCUUGUCCAAUGCUGGGUGAAGAAUGUUCUCUUUAGGAGGUUCUAAUCCCUCCUACGGUGUAGGAUUCAUGGCGAGGAUGCCAGUUCUGCCCUUCAGCAGCAGAGCCGAGGUCAUUGGUGUUUUUUGGGAAACUGGUUUCCAUUAAGCCGUGGGAUUCACUCUGAGAACAUUUUUUACAUUCUUAGGAACCAUCAGCUUCAUCAUGAUGCUGCGGUUGUGUCCCGGCGCUCGUCUGCUCUGGGUCGGACUCUUUGUGUGCACCCUGGUGGACGCCAGUGCUAGCCUGAAGUUCUCCGGUGCUGAGGGCCAGUGGAUGGCAUUCCCCAUGUGGAACGCCUGCUGCGAGAGCGAGAUGAGCUUCAACAUGAAAACCAAGAGCUCCCGCGGACUCCUGGUGUACUUCGACGACGAGGGCUUCUGCGAUUUCCUCGAGCUGCUCAUGAACAACGGCAAGCUCAGCCUCCGCUUCUCGAUCUUCUGCGCCGAGCCGGUCGCCGUGCUCUCGGACGUGCUGGUCAACGACAGCCAAUGGCACGCCGUCAUGGUAAAGAGGAACUUCCAGAACACCACGCUCAUCGUGGACAACGAGGUCAAGUGGGUGGAGGUGAAGUCCAAGAGACGGGACAUGACCGUGUUCAGUCACCUGUUCUUAGGAGGGAUACCGCCGGAGCUACGGUCCGUGGCGCUACGGCUGACGUCAAACGCCGUCAAGGACCAAGUUCCCUUUGAAGGCUGGAUAACGGACUUGAAAGUCAACGACUCGGUGCCUGUUAUUCUGAACAGCGCAGGAGUGGACAGUGACGCGUGCGACGACGAUAACGUGUGCUUCAAUGGAGGAGUUUGCAGCGUCAUCGACAACGAACCCACAUGCAACUGCUCCGAGACGGGAUUUCAGGGAAAAGACUGCACCGAAGAAGACAACCGUGCUGAAGGUCUGGCACACCUGAUGAUGGGAGACCAAGGUAAAACUAAAGGGAAAGAAGAAUACGUGGCGACCUUCAAAGGUUCCGAAUACUUCUGCUACGACCUGUCACAGAACCCGAUACAGAGCAGCAGCGACGAGAUCACACUAUCAUUCAAAACCCUGCAGAGGAACGGACUGAUGCUGCACACGGGCAAAUCGGCCGACUACGUCAACCUGGCGCUGAAAAACGGGGCGGUUUCGCUUGUCAUUAAUUUGGGGUCCGGGGCCUUUGAAGCCCUGGUGGAGCCGGUCAAUGGAAAAUUUAAUGACAAUGAUUGGCAUGAUGUCAAAGUAACAAGGAAUCUCCGUCAGCAUUCAGGCAUUGGACACGCUAUGGUAAACAAACUACAUUGUUCGGUUACGAUAUCCGUGGAUGGAAUUCUUACCACCACAGGAUACACGCAGGAGGACUACACCAUGCUAGGCUCGGACGACUUUUUCUAUGUUGGAGGAAGCCCUAGCACGGCCGACCUGCCCGGAUCGCCCGUUAGCAACAACUUCAUGGGCUGCUUGAAGGAGGUGGUUUACAAAAACAACGAUGUUCGGCUGGAGCUGUCCAAGCUGGCCUUGCAGGGUGACCACAAGAUGAAGAUCCAUGGUGUGGUGGCCUUCAAAUGUGAAAAUGUAGCCACUCUAGAUCCAAUCACCUUUGAAACACCAGAAGCCUUCAUCACGUUACAUAAGUGGAAUGCUAAGAAGACUGGCUCCAUAUCCUUUGACUUCCGCACUACUGAACCGAACGGGCUUCUUCUGUUCAGCCACGGGAGGCCAAAACAGCAGACCAAGGAGGCAAAGAGCCCCAUCACUCUUAAAGUGGACUUCUUUGCCAUCGAGAUGCUGGACGGUCAUUUGUACCUGCUGCUGGACAUGGGCUCGGGCACCACCAAAACACGAGCUGUUAACAAAAAGGUGAAUGAUGGGGAGUGGUACCACGUGGACUUCCAGAGGGAUGGAAGAUCAGGUACGAUAUCGGUAAACACGGUGCGCACGCCCUACCAGGCCCCAGGUGAGAGCGAGAUCCUCGACCUGGACGAUCACCUGUACCUGGGUGGUCUUCCCGAGAACCGAGCAGGUCUGGUGUUUCCCACCGAGGUGUGGACGGCGCUGCUGAAUUACGGCUUUGUGGGCUGCGUACGCGACCUCUUCGUCGACGGCCAGAGCAAAGAUGUUCGGCGCAUGGCUGAGGCCCAGAAGGCAGUGGGGGUGAAGCCGUCCUGCUCCAAGGAAGCACCUAAGCAGUGCCUGAGCAACCCCUGUCAGAACAACGGCAUCUGCCGAGAGGGAUGGAAUCGAUACGUAUGCGACUGCGCCGCUACCGGGUUCCUGGGACGUUCUUGCGAGAGAGACGCCACCAUCCUAAGCUAUGAUGGCAGUAAGUUCAUGAAAAUCCAUCUCCCGAUGGCCAUGCACACCGAGGCCGAGGACAUCACGCUCAGGUUCAGAUCACAAAGGGCCUACGGCGUCCUGAUGGCCACCACAUCCAGAGACUCUGCUGACACGCUACGACUGGAGCUGGAGACCGGACGAGUCCGCCUGACUAUUAACCUAGACUGUUUCAGGAUUAACUGUACCUCCAGUAAAGGGCCCGAGACGCUCUUCAUCGGACAGAACCUGAAUGAUAACGAGUGGCACACGGUCCGAGUCAUGAGGAGAGGGAAGAGUCUGCAGCUGGCUGUGGAUGAGUUACAGCCUGUGGAAGGUGAGAUCCCGGGUGACCAUACCCAGCUGGAGUUCCACAACAUCGAGACAGGGAUCAUCACGGAGAAGCGCUACCUCCCCAAUGCGCCCUCCAACUUCAUCGGCCACCUCCAGAGCCUGGUGUUCAACGGCAUGGCCUACAUCGACCUGUGCAAGAACGGAGACAUCGACUACUGUGAGCUGAACGCCAUGAUCGGCUUCAAGAACAUCAUCGCCGACCCCGUGACCUUCAAGUCACGCUCGAGCUACGUGUCUCUCAGAACUCUGCAGGCCUACUACACCAUGCACCUGUUCUUCCAGUUUAAGACCACGUCCCCGGACGGCCUCAUCCUGUACAACAGCGGAGACGGCAACGACUUCAUCGUCGUGGAGCUCGUCAAGGGCUACCUGCACUACGUAGCAGACCUGGGAAACGGUGCUCACCUCAUUAAAGGAAACUCCAACAAGCCUCUGAAUGAUAACCACUGGCACAACGUCAUGAUCUCCAGAGACAGCAACAACCUGCACACGGUCAAGAUUGACACCAAGGUCACCACGCAGACCACCAUCGGAGCCAGAAACCUCGACCUGAAGGGAGAUCUGUUCAUCGGGGGCGUGGCUAAAGAGAUGUACAAAGAGCUUCCCAAACUGGUUCAUGCACAAGAGGGAUUUCAGGGCUGUCUGGCCUCGAUGGACCUGAACGGCCGUCUGCCGGACCUCAUCUCCGACGCUCUCACCUGCGUGGGGCAAAUCGAGAGGGGCUGCGAAGGCCCCAGCACCACCUGUCAGGAGGACUCGUGUGCUAAUCAGGGUGUGUGUCUGCAGCAGUGGGAAGGCUUCAGCUGUGACUGCAGCAUGACGUCGUUUGGAGGACAUCAGUGCAACGAUGCGGGAACGACGUACAUAUUCGGGCGUGAAGGAGGUAAGAUCACGUACACGUGGCCGCCCAACGACAGGCCGAGCACCAGAGCUGACAGACUGGCACUGGGCUUCAGCACCCAGCUUAAAGACGCCCUGCUCAUCAGAGUGGACAGCUCAUCCGGACUGGGAGACUAUCUCAAACUGCACAUUGAAAAGGGCCACGUGGCCGUGAUCUUCAACGUGGGCACGGACGACAUCAACAUCGAGGAGAAGUCCAAGUUCGUGAACGAUGGCAAGUACCACGUGGUGAAGUUCACCAGGAGCGGGGGUAAUGCCACGCUGCAGGUGGAUGACCUGCCAGUCAUUGAGCGCUACCCCACAGGCAACAUUGAUAACGAACGACUGGCGAUCGCUAGGCAGCGAAUCCCAUAUCGACUCGGUCGAGUAGUUGACGAAUGGCUACUCGACAAAGGUCGACAGCUCACCAUUUUUAACAGCCAGACUACAAUCCAGAUCGGAGGCUGGGAGCGAGACCGGAGUCGCGCCUUCCAAGGCCAGAUGUCGGGCCUCUAUUACAAUGGGCUCAAAGUGUUCAACAUGGCCGUCGAGGGCAACCCAAACGUUCGCGUCGAGGGCAGCGUGAGGCUGGUGGGCGAAGCGCCUUCCUCUUCCUCCUCCUCUUCUUCCUCUUCUUCUUCCUCUUCUAUCACGCCUCAGUCCAACACCUCCACCUCCAUCAUGGAGACCACCACCACCACCACCAGCAGCACCACCACAGCCUCCAGCCGCCGAGUCAAGCAGACCACGCCCAGAGAGGCGCAGCAGACGACGGAUGACCUGUUGGUGGCGUCUGCCGAGUGUCCGAGCGAUGACGAGGAUAUCGACCCGUGUGAGCCGAGCUCAGGUGGGUUAGCAAGCCCAACAGGGCCGGGUCUGAAGGGGUACCCCGACCCGGUGGAGGUGGUCCGCGAGUCCAGCAGCACCACGGGUAUGGUGGUGGGCAUCGUGGCGGCAGCCGCUCUGUGCAUCCUCAUUCUUCUUUAUGCCAUGUACAAAUACCGCAACCGAGACGAGGGCUCGUAUCGCGUGGACGAGAGCCGCAACUACAUCAGCAACUCAGCGCAGUCCAACGGCACCGUCCUAAAGGAGAAACCAGCCAACGUUGCCAAGAGCACCACCAAGACCAAGAAAAACAAGGACAAGGAGUACUAUGUUUGAUCGCUCUUUCACUGGACGUGCUCUAGAACCAUUUUUUGAGGACUUUACAGACUUCUGGAUAUUUUUUGUUUUGUUUUGUUUUGUUUUUCCUCGCUCUCUCUCUCUGAAAGAAUAAUACAAAACCAUAUCCUGUGUAUAAUAGCGAGAACUGGGGAAAAAAAACUGAAAACUGCUUUGAAAAAAAAAAUGUAGUCGGUUUAUCUAAAAUAUUGCAUUACACUGCAGAUUGAAGGUUUCACUCAUGUCCGGAUGGCAGGCACAGGAGGACGGUACUGGCGUGGCUUCAGCUGGACAAGAGGAUGUCUGAGGAAAACAUAGCUGAUUAAAUACCCGAUAAUUAACUGCAAAGCAGAUUAUCAAUACAAAACCCAUCUGCACCUCAAGCAGCCGGCCAACAAAAUGCUGCGCUUAUGGGUAAGAGAGACGGCACCAUCCGUUAAUGUGUCGAUUCUGCCAGGAUGUUUUUCCACAACAAAAGUCAUAAAAUGGGCAAAUAUGAAGCAUCCAUAUCUAAGCUUGUGAUUGUUCUUUGCACCAAGAGAGACCAGCAGAGACUCUCAUGAGCCUCCCAAAAUCUAACAAGGGAGCAAACUGCUGAAAGCCUACCGGCAUGAGGAAUCCAAAAGCAAUCUCGAAAGCAAUCUCAAGGCCUUACGUUCUCAGCUGGAGGAAACCUUAAGGCCAUAAAACAGUGGAUACAAAAAAAGCGACCGUUCGAGAAACUCUUGAUGCACGCAACAGUAUCUUAUUACAUAUGUUUAUACACCCACAUCUAAAUGUGCUCUCUGGACUGUGACAGUGGUGUUUUAUAGCCUGUUGUAUAGACGCCAAAUUAUACCUGCUCCUCGAUCAUGUUUUUUUUUUCCUUUUUGUUUCAGUAAUAAAAAGUUCCAAAAACGGAGAAAAAAAAAAAGAAAAAGUAAAUGUUAGUAAAUGUUGCUAGAUAUAGAUUUUAUCACAAUGCAAGCAAAGGCUUAUUUGAGUUCCUUUCAUCAGUUUAUCUUUAAGGCUUUACCCAGACUUCAUGCUAAAUGCUAAACCAAUGUUACAGCCCUAAAUUUUGUCUUGUUCAUGAAUGAGAUAUGGAAAAGACAAGAAUGAGUCCCAUAGUGAUGAAUGACGUAAUCCUGGAAAAAAUGUUUCAAAAUCCGCACUCUAUCAAUAAUCCAUUCAUCGUUUCAGCCCACGUUUGUGUGUGUGUGUGUGUGAGUGUGUGUGUGUGUGUGUGUUUGUGUGUGCGCGCGCGCGUGUGUGUGUGCGUGCGUGUGCGUGCGUGUGUGUGUGUCCUGUCUUCUGGUCUUUAUGUCUGUCCAUCUCUGUUUCUACCUGCCUGCUCCGUGGGAUGAGCAAGACGGCAGAAAAGUCCAGACUACAAGCUAAACCUGCAUUAAGUGCGUUUCAGUUUGGUUUAUUUUCUAAUUCUACCAGUGCUAUUCUUUUUCUACAGUAUUUUCUGUUCAAAUUGUGACAAUUCUUUAUUGACCUCAAAGUACAUGAUUUAUUAUAAAAAAAAUAGUUUUGAAAAAUUAAAUGAGCAAAUAAAAUAUUACCUAA